GAUGGUGUCAUGUGUGUGCCUAUACAAUACAAAUGUAGAUUCGGAAUGGCCCACCAGCCACCGCACAUCAUUUCUCUCUUUGCAAAUUUGCUGGUCUUCCUCUGCUGGAUUCUUGGGGCUCCAAAUUUUGUGUGCGCUUUUGCUAUGACUUGCUGCUUGCCUGCUGCUGCUUGCUGCACAAACUGAGUCGGUUGAGACCGAACCACUUUCUGCGUCGCAUACAUACAAAUGGUUAUUAUUAUUUCUGUGGGGUCUACCGUUCGUUAAGGCAUCAUCCGACAGUCAGUUUACGAGGCUUCGCCAUAAAGAACGGUUGGGGUGUCGAUGUUAAGUUGUUUAAUUGCGGUUUUAAUUAUGUAUCGUCAAUAAUUAAUAAUUAUAUAGUUAAUAAUUAAUAUACAGUACCUAAAUGAAUUGAUAUAAAUUUGUGCAGUGUAAAACUUCGUAUAAUGUUCUUUUAAUUAAUAAAAACAGUUAAAAACAAAAAGUGUAAAUACGAUUACAAAACAGUGAAAAUAACAUAUUGUAACAAAAAUUUUAAAAAAAUAUUUUGGGAAUUUAAAUAGCAAAAUAUAUGAUAAAUGAAUGAAAUUUGUACUGUAGGUAAGAGGUACAACUAUAUUUGUACAGGAUUAUAAUCAAUUUCGUAUUCACAAUUUUGAGAUAACGACCAAUCGAAAUGAUAAAAUAACAUGGCGGAGGGUGUCGAAGAAACAGAGAGCAGUAGUCAUCAAAGCAAAGCUGAUACUCCAACUAUGUUAGGAACUGUUCUUCCCUGUGAAGCAACAAUUACCGCAUCAUUAGGUGGUAUUAAACGUGAAUUUGACCCAUCUCCUAUAGCACCACUUGGCGGCAUCAGUUCCGGAGGAGGAAUAGUUCCAGUUUCACGUUUGCCAACUCCAUCACCAUCAUCUCCACCUUCACAAUUAACACCCACCGCAACGACAACGGCAGCGGUAAGUUUAAUUGCUGCUACUAAACGUCCAGUACCGAAACUAUCAUCUGCCUCAUCUACAUCGUCUACAUCUUCGUCCUUAUCCUCGUCAUCAUCAUCGUCGUCCUCCUCAUCAUCAUCAUCAUCUUCGUCAAUAUCUUCAUCAGCGGCUACAACAGCAACCACUGCAGCUAUAUCGUCGGUGACUGGGGUAACGGUUAACAAAUCACCAUCACCGUUUCCAUCGUUGUCAUCGUCACCGCCAGAGGCCAACAAUAGUCAACCUAACCUGCAACAGCAACAACAAGAAAGCCAACAACAGCACCAGCAAAAAUAUCACUCUCUAAAUUUAAAAGCUGAGGAUUACGAUAAAGAAAUGACAAUUCAGAAAACAACAUCACCCGCCACCAAUCACUCACUGAAAGACAUAGAUUUUUAUAAAAAUUUCACAAACAAUAUGUCAACUGCAUCAACUGGAAAUAUAGAAGGUUUAUCACCAACCCAUGACCAAACCGAUGCUUCAACAUUAGCAGCGGCGGCUGCGGCAGCUCAUGCACAUCUCAAUGGAACUAUGCAAGACAUGAUAAAUUUGCAAAAGUUACAAAAUUUUGCAACCCUGCAACAUCAACAUCAUCAGCAGCAGCAACAACAACAACAACAGCAGCAACACAACCACCAUCACCAGCAAUCGAAUUCGCCGGUUGUAGUUCCUCCAGUUGCUGCGGCACUUGCCAGCCUUCGGGGAUUAGCUGGUAUCUCGUCUGCAGUAGCUUUAAAUUCACCUUUGAAUUUGAGCAUAGGCUCAACAACAUCAGCAGUCGCAUCAGCAGCAGCAAAUUUAUCAUCAUCAACUGGUUCGACUAACAGUAUCAAUACUAAUAAACCCCAUGGUUCACUUGGAUCAACUUCUACAUCGUCGUCAUCAUCAUCGCUGCCAGUUUCGUCAUUAUCUAUAUCUACAUCCGGUCGGACAGCAACAUCACCAUCCCCUGGUGGUGAAACUAUAGCUGGAGUGGGAACAUCACCUGUGGCCAGUAAUUUAAUUGCAGGUGGUUGUAGUCCGCCAGGUGCUGGUACACAAAUGCCACAAUUAAUUUUGGCAUCAGGACAAUUAGUUCAAGGUGUUCAGGGGGCGCAAUUGCUUAUACCUACAGAGCAAGGAGUUGCUGUGCAAACAAUCCUAACCAUCCCCGUGAGUCAACAAAUUAAUACCAACGAACAAUUUGGACAGAAUUUUGGUAGUGGAACAUUUGCUACACCCUUGCCCCCACUUCCCCCCACCCAAAGUCUUCUUAAAAGUAAUCUAUUUUCGAAUGGAGUUCAGCAGCUAUUAGCUGCUCUUCACCCGGAGUUGUUUGCAGCAGCUGCUGCCAACCACCUAGCGACCGCAGCAGACGUUCACCAUCAUCACCAACAAGCAGCUGCGGCGGCAGCCGCUGCAGCUGCAGCUAAAUCCUUUCACAUGCAGCAGAUCAAACAGGAACAACAGCGUGAUCAACAAUCACAGGCCCAUCGUGCGGGUCACACGUUGCAGCAUCUGCAUCACCACCACCAACAACUUCAAUCGACUGACAAUCAUCACCUUUCGCCAAAGUUAGAAGCAACUUCCAUCAGCUCGCGACAUUCGCCAUCGCCGCCACUUCGUCACUUCAGUUCAUCAUCGCCAUGCCGAAGGUCGCCUUCAAUGUCACCACAACCACCAGCUGGAAGCUCCCAAGCAAGCAUGCCUCUUCACCUCAAACAAAGUCCUAAACGCGAUUGCCCGUCAGGAAUUAAUCUGAGUAAUCAGCAACAGACUGAGAAAUCAUCCAUGUCCCCUGUUCUAAUGGCUCUGAGUAGCGGUGGCAAUGGCAACAACUGUGCAUCAUCGAGUAAUCAUUAUUCGUCCUCACCACUGAGCUCGCAGUUGUUUCGAAGUCACUCUCCUGCUGGCAGUCAACAUCUAACUUCAAUGUCCACUCCAUCGCCAUCUAAUAUUCAACAUCAGUCACGAGAACAGCAGCAGCGAGAGCAGCAGCAAGCGUCUGCGUCCAGUGUACUUAGUAGCAUCAAUAGACUUACAUCAACCAAUGGCGAAUUAACGAUAACCAAAUCCCAUGGUCCAAGUACAACCCAAUCGUCUUCACUAUCCCCUCCACACCAUCAGUCGUCGUCAUCGUUGACGUCGCAGUCUCAAUCGCAACAUCAUCAACAGCAACCGAACUCUCAUCAUCCGUUGCAUGUUGGUGGCAGUGGAGGUCACCAUCACCAUAUACAUCCUGGAGGGAAUUCAUUAAAAAUGAGUCCUUCAUCAUCGACGUCAGUGGGAAUGCCACAACAGCAACAAAUCUCACCGAAUGGAACCGAUGGGUCGGGCACAGAUUUGCUGGUAGAUUCACCACAUGAACAAACCAUCAAUCAAGCGACCAGCAAUGUUGUAGAUGGCAUUGAUUUGGAUGAGAUUAAAGAAUUUGCGAAAGCAUUUAAACUGCGGAGGUUGUCAUUGGGCCUAACACAAACACAGGUUGGUCAGGCACUUUCGGUGACUGAAGGUCCCGCGUAUAGUCAAAGUGCCAUAUGCAGCGCCCUAGCCGCCCAGAUGUAUGCUGCACAAUUAUCAUCUCAACAACAAAAUAUGUUUGAAAAACUGGACAUAACUCCAAAGAGUGCCCAAAAAAUUAAGCCCGUCCUAGAGCGAUGGAUGAAGGAAGCUGAAGAAAGUCACUGGAACCGGUACAAAACUGGUCAAAACCAUUUAACAGAUUAUAUAGGUGUUGAACCAUCUAAGAAAAGAAAAAGAAGGACUUCAUUUACACCCCAAGCUUUAGAACUGCUGAAUGCACAUUUUGAAAGAAAUACACAUCCAUCAGGAACCGAAAUCACUGGCCUCGCCCAUCAGCUUGGAUACGAGCGUGAAGUUAUUCGAAUAUGGUUUUGUAAUAAACGACAAGCUCUUAAAAAUACAGUUCGAAUGAUGUCUAAAGGAAUGGUGUGAAUUUUGAAUUAAAAUUAUUUCACAAAAUUUUGUCACCAGCACUUUGUAGAUUAUUGACAAAAAGUUGCAUACGAAAAUCUUUUAGCAAUUUAUUUGAUUGUUACAAUUCGUAAUUAUUUUUUUCUUAAAUUAAUUUUUCUUUGUGUAAAUUGUGAUAAUUACCUAAAAGAAUCAGAUUUAUGUAUACGAUCGAAUUUAAGUGGUCUUUAACAUUCCUAUUAUAAGUUUCUUGUUUAUUUUUUUAUUACUCGUAAUAUGCAUAACAUUUUGAUUGAGUUUAUAAUUGACCCAUAAAAUUGUAUAUAACAUAAGACAAAGCCAUAAAUAUUUAAUGUUAAGAAAAAUUACAUGAAGUUAAACUUCUUUUAUGAUAGUUUAAUUUUUGUUGUACAAUAUUAUUUCAAGACCCGUGCCAUUCUCAGAAAUAAAAAAAUAUUCAGUUGCAGAAUUGAUUAACAAUUUAAAAAUAUUUAGUGUAUGUCUCUGUGUAUAUAAAUAUUAGAAAAAGCAAUGCAAUUGUGAACUAAAAACAUACACAUAUUGAAUUAUAAAAAAAAAUCCGCCUAUUUGGUUAGAAUGUAAUGAAGGUUUUUUAAUUAAAAACUUGAAAAUGAAUGUCGAAAUUAACAUUUUCAAAUGUAUCUAUAAAUUGAUGUUCGUAAUAAACAAAAAGGAUAGAUUUAGAUAUUAUAGAUAUGUAAAACAUGUAAAAUAACAAUAAUUUAUGAAUUUUAAUUUAAAAACUCAAAUAUGCGAGGAAA